AUGUAUUGUUUUCUCAAAAACACCAUUAAUUCACGUCGAGUAUCCGACAUGUCAGCGAAUGUUCAGCCUUUUACAAUUACUCAGUGUCGAACAUCAUUUCGAGAUCAAUCACCACCACCACCACCAUUCGUGGAAGAUUUUCCACCCAGCUAUGAGAUGGCAGUGGUUAAUAGUUUACAAAAGACUAACAUGCAAUCAACUGAUGUUCCAGAUGAAUCGAAUAAUUAA